CAGUUGUCAAAAUAUUCUUAUAUUCGAUUACAUUAAUCGCUCGUGUUUUCGUAACAUUCAACUUAAGCAGGAUUCAAUAUAACUUUAUAUUAUUAAGAACUAAAACUAAAAAGAUGUCAUUAUCUCCAUCAAGCGGCAUUGGACGCUACUAUAAACAUUCUGCCAAAAUUAUCCGCUUUGUCCGAUUGGGUUGCACAAAUCGUCCUUUCUACCAUGUUGUCGUUAUGGAGAGGCGAAAAAAUCAACACCAGCCAGUAAUAGAACAAGUUGGUACCUAUGAUCCAAUGCCAAAUCAGAAGAAUGAACGUUUAGUUUCUUUUAAUUUUGAACGUAUCCGCUAUUGGUUGGGUCGGGGGGCACACCUGUCCACACCAACAGCAGAACUAUUGGGUAUUGCAGGAUUUUUGCCCAUUCAUCCACGCACUUAUAUGACCGCCUGGCGAAACAGGCAAAAAGUUGCCGAAGAUGGAACAAUUGAAGCAAAGGAUCCAGUUGAAGCGUAGAAAUUAUUAUUUAUUCCUCAAGUCCAGUGAAAAAAAUGCUAAAAUCGACGGAAAACAUUCCUGAAAAAUUUCGGGGAAUGGUGCCGAGUUGUCAGUCCUUGGUCGGCUAAAAAUCCUGGUCCAUUCCGGUUCCGACUACAGUGGGAACGGGCUAUUAGCGAUUUUGUUUAAUCGCCAAAAACACUACAACAACAUAACAUGAUGAGUAAUCUUGGAACAAUAUAUUAGGAGCAAACAAACAUGUGUUUCAUUUGAACUACAUAUGUACAUCAAUUGGCCCCAAAUACAAAACAGUUUUAUAUUAUGUUUUCAAGCAAAAAGCCACCAAUUAUUUACUGAUAUAUUUAAUUUCUUACAAUAAAAAUUUUGAUUCAAAUACAAUAAAAUUUUAAAACCAACGAAUAGUGAUGAUAAUCUGCGGCUGCGGCAUCAUAGCAGUGCAAUUACUUCUUUUAUUGCGUACGUAUUCUUCAGACAUUCAAAUAUUUGACUUAAAAAGCACAAUACACAUGGUUUUUCCGGUUUAUACGUAGCUCCUGUAUUCGUGAAUUCUAAAAACGGUAUACUAAAAAUUUUAUUGUUGAUUUAAUUUAAUUAAAAGAUGUGGGCUCAGAAACUCCGCGAAGCCAUAUAUGUAUAAAGAAAUUUUGCCAUGUGAAAUAUUUUUUACUAGGUCUUUGUUC